CAAUCCAUACCUAACCCUUUUAAUAUUAUUACCAGAUUUGCAUUGCAACCUCUUAAGCAUGUGUUCUCUCUCUUGCUCGCUCGCUCUCUUUUUGCAAAAACUGGUGCCAGAGCUGGGGGCUGUCCUGCCGUACAGUUGUAUUCUCUCUGUGUGCUUGCUGAGUGGGAGGGUCACACCGUGUGAGACUAAUAAGGACAGAGCUGCGUCCCCUUCUCCCACUCUUUAGAGACUCCAGCAACUCCUCGGCAACUACAGCAGCUUUGUACAGGCAUUUGCUGCGCUUCUGGGGAGGGGGAACUUAAUCAAAGAUUUCUGGUCAUUUGUUCACAUGUGUUCAAGAGGAGAUGAAGGCAAUUGGAUCUUGCAUAAUUUGGCUUGGGUUGGCCAUCCUUCUUCCAGUCUCUCAUUCUAUAGCAGUCACUGAUAAAACAGCUACUGCAUGCCCAGUAUUGAAAACAGAAGGACAUCAAUUUAGCUACCAAGAAAACCUUGAUGUUUCAGGUUUUGAUUUAACCCAAAGCUUUUCUUUGAGGCAGACUUCAUGUGGAGUUGGAAAGCCUUGUUUUAAGUUGGGGAAUGCACCUCUUAUCAGAGACUCUCAGAAAGUGUUUCCAAAUGGGAUUCCAGAGGAGUAUUUCUUAACAGCCACAUUCCGUGUUAGGCGAAACAGCAAAAGAGAACGGUGGUAUUUGUUGCAAAUUUUAGAUCAGCACAACAUGCCACAGGUUUACAUCACCAUUGAUGGUACGAAAAAAAUUGUAGAGUACAUUGCACAGUCCGCCCAGGGGGGCUCAUUGCACUACACCUUUAGAAGUCGGGAAAUCCACCCUGUUUUUGAUCGGCAAUGGCACAAGCUUGGCAUCAGCGUGCAAUCAAGGAUCAUUUCUCUCUAUGUGGACUGCAGCUUAAUUGAGCAAAGGGAGAUUGAUGAGAAUACUACUACGGACUUUCAAGGGAAGAUUCUUAUUGCUACCCAUUCUUUAGAUGGCAAGCCUGUAGAUAUUGAAGUUGGCCGCAUGAUAAUAUACUGCAAUCCCAGUCUUGCUGCUCAGGAGACUUGCUGUGAAUUAUCUGAGAAUAUGUGCCCUUUGGAAGAAAGCUUGAAAACUACUGCAGCAUCACCAUCAACUGUUCAUGUGGGUGAAAUACAUGCACUUCCAAUAAUGGAAAAAAAACCUGAAGAAAAAUGCUUUUGUUCUUCAAAUAAGGGAGAAGCAGGUGUGCCAGGAGUACCUGGUUUGCCAGGACAGAAAGGAGAAAAGGGUGAAGAAGGAGCUAAAGGAGAAAAUGGCACCCCUGGUUUUCCCGGUGAGAAGGGAGAAGAUGGUCUGAUUGGUGUUCCUGGUGCUCCUGGUGGUUUUGGUGAAAAGGGUGAACAUGGCUUGAAGGGUGACAAAGGUGAAGUUGGAGAAAAGGGUGAAAAAGGAGAUAGCGGAGAGCAAGGAACAGAUGGAACACCUGGAAGAGAUGGUUUGAAAGGUGAUCCUGGUGAUCCUGGAAUGGCUGGUAUAAAGGGAGAAAAGGGAGAUAUGGGACCUCCAGGACCAGCUGCCCUUAGUGGUGUGCCAGGAAUAGAAGGUCCUCAGGGGCCACCUGGGAAAGAAGGCCAGAGGGGACGACGAGGAAAGCCAGGACUCCCUGGAAAGGCAGGGCCACCAGGACCGCCUGGUCCUCCAGGUGCGUUAGCACUUCAAGAUUCCUUUAAAGGGCCAUUUUACCAGAGUUAUCAAGAAAAAAUGGGCUUGAAAGGAGCAAAAGGUGAAAAGGGAGAGCCUUCGGAGAAAGGAGAAAAGGGCGAUCCAGGUGCAUCAGGGGAACCUGGCCCUUCUGGACCCAUUGGAAUUCCAGGACCACAGGGCUUAACGGGAGAACAUGGAGUACCUGGAAGACCAGGGAUUAAAGGAGAAAAGGGGGACUCUGGUGGAAUCAUAGGCCCCCCAGGGCCUCCAGGUUCUAAAGGUGACACAGGACCUCCAGGAUCAAGCCUUCCAGGAAAACCAGGACCAGCAGGCAUUCCUGGAGCAGUUGGUCCACGGGGGCCUAAGGGUGAAAGAGGGCUGCCUGGAGUUCAAGGGCCUCCUGGCGAGAUGGGUCCAGCAGGAAAUGGAACCCAAGGUCCUCCUGGUCUUAAGGGGCCUCCUGGGGCACCGGGCUUCCAGGGCUCAAGAGGACCUCCUGGAUUACCAGGUACUCCAGGAACACCAGGGAUCGAUGGUAUUCCAGGACGUGAUGGAAAGCCAGGACUCCCAGGGCCUCCAGGUGACCCAGUUGCUCUUCCUCUUCUUGGAGAUAUGGGUGCUUUAUUGAAGGGUGAUCCUGGUCCAAGAGGUCCCCCAGGAAUCCCAGGUAGAGAAGGGCCUAAGGGAAACAAAGGUGAACGUGGAUUUCCUGGGCUGCCUGGAGAAAAAGGUGAUGAGGGUCUUCAAGGUAUUCCAGGACUUCCUGGUGUAGCAGGGCCUUCUGGACCUUCAGGGGCUGUCGGAAGACCUGGACACCCAGGCUCACCAGGGACAAAAGGUGAAAAGGGAAACGAGGGUAUUCCUGGAAAACCUGGACCUCCCGGACCACCUGGUGUGCCGUACAAUGAAGGAAAUGGCAUGAGCAGCCUAUAUAAACUACAGGGGGGUGCCAACGUUCCCACAUACGCUGGUCCACCUGGGGCGCCUGGCCCAAAAGGUGACACCGGAGCAGUGGGAGAACCGGGUCCAAUGGGACUGCCAGGAUUAGAGGGACUUCCUGGAGAAAAGGGAGACCGCGGACCAGCAGGUCCUCCAGGAGUUCCAGGAGUACCUGGAAAGCAUGGUGCUCCAGGACCACCAGGGAUCCCUGGUGAACCAGGUGAAAGGGGCCCUGUUGGAGAUAUUGGCUUUCCUGGACCAGAAGGGCCAGCUGGAAUACCAGGCAUAAAUGGAAAGGAUGGAUUACCUGGCCCUCAGGGUUUAUUGGGUAAGCCUGGUGACAGAGGUCCCAAAGGAGAACGAGGGGAUCAAGGCAUACCAGGAGACAGGGGCCUGCAGGGCGAAAGAGGAAAGCCAGGAGAGAAAGGGUCUGUAGGGCCCAUGGGCCCCUCAGGGAACAAAGGGAAUCCCGGAUCGCCAGGGCAUAAGGGCCCUCCAGGUUCACCAGGUGUCCCAGGCUUACCGGCUGACUCAGUUUCAUUUGACGAAAUGAAAAAAUAUAUCAGACAAGAGGUCCUUAGAGUUUUUGAAGAGAGGAUGGCUCAGUUUGUAUCUCAGCUCAAAUUGCCCGCUGCCAUGCUUGCUUCCCAAACUCAUGGGAAACCAGGUCUUCCAGGAAAAGAUGGGCUACCUGGGCCACCCGGAGAACCUGGACCUCCAGGCUACAGAGGACAGAAAGGUGAAAGAGGUGAGCCUGGAAUUGGCCUGCCAGGUGAUCCUGGUCCACCUGGCCCUUCAGUCAUUGGUAUGCCGGGACCACCUGGAGCUCCAGGAGGACCAGGUCCACAUGGCCCACCUGGGCCAUCAGGAAGAUGCAACCCAGCAGAUUGCUAUUACCACGUCUCUCAAACUCAACCACGAACAACUGGCAAAUGAAAAUCUUCUCUGGAAGUACUUUGAUUCCUGGUUUACCACUUCCUUGCUUCCCUCCUGCCCUCCUACCUAAUUUAAGCUUUAAAAUACUUGGUACCUUUUUUUGGUCUAUAUACAUGAUAUUGUGUGUAGGCAUUUUACAGAGCAUCUCAAUGGAACAAUGUUUAUUUUCCAGUUAAGCCAAUGCCGAGAUGUUGUUUUCUUGAGUUCAUUCCAUGUGUUUAUAAUUUUAAGCUAGUUUUCUAUAGCAAAAUGCAAUUUUCUUGCAUUCUGAUGGCCUGUUGACCUCUUAAUGGUUUUUAACCUUAAUACUUGCAAAACAAAAUGUACUGUCAUAUAUCUUCUUUAGCUUUUGCUGGCUACCAUAUCUUGAUGGCUUGGAGUUCAUACAUAACACCAAAAGCUCUGCUUGCAAAACUGCAUCCAGAGUGUUGAAGCUUUCGUGAAUCCUUGAGCAACUCUUUGAGAAAUCAGCUGAUAUUUUUUCAUGCUCCUUCUGCCCUUGUGCAGUAUUGUAGACUUUGCAAGAAAUUUAUUAAAUUUCUGGAAGCACUUUUCACAUAGGAAACUUUUUAAGAAAAUGAGCUGUUGAGCCUCUCUCCCAUUAAUUGUGACACAGGGGGUGAGAGUGUGGUUAAUGCAAGACAGAGCCUGGAAGUCGCACAUUGGUCUCAGUGGAGCUUACUUCCUGGCAAAUGUACUUGCUGGCUUCAUAUUAUUGAAGGCUUAAUUAUGGAAGGCUAACUUAGUUACUGAGUAGAUUGUUGAUAAUGGCUCCUUCGUAUUGUUCACUUGGCUUUGCUCUAGUCCUUUGCACUUCUCUUGCAAGGCAAGUCUCCCUGACCAAUUAUAGCCUCUGUGCUACAGGUGCUUCCCAACCUUCAGAAACUUUUUGAGGGGCACAAGAGUUGCAUUGUAGUAGUAGGGAUAAUCCAUUAUCAGGGGUCCUGCCUUUGUGCAAGUGGAAGUGCUUCCAUUAGGGCAAAGCCUUAAUAAGAUACCACCUUAUAGAAUUGUGUUCUUAUGCUUAAGCUAGUCAUGUUUAUAUGUCAGGGGGCUUCUGCCUUACUUUAAUAUACCAAGGCCUUUAUCUCAGGUGAAGUUCUGACAACAAUACAUUGAGAAGUUUGUGUAAAUAUGUUCAGAUAGAAGAGGAUGGUGUAGCUUGAACUAGUACCCAUGUAUUUCAUGAAUGAUGUCUGCCUUUGCAUUGAUUAAUUUCGGACUCUAGUAAUGGUCCAAUGUUAGCAUUUUUGCUAGAGUGAGUUUCAAAGUUCAACAACAUUCAUGCAGGCUAGGCUAGCCUGUAGUAUUAAACAACCGUUCUGUUUGAAAUAUUCA